AUGUCUUCUUCGCGUUCUAGGCGUGUGGAGUACGACCGCUUCAUCCCGUUCCGGUCGGCGAUGGACAUGGACUACGCACGCUUUGCCCUAACCGGGCCUUCGAGACCGCAGCGUGAUGGUUCGAGGGAAUCCCCAUCGAGCGUGGCGUACCAAAAGCUUCUUGACGAGUGCAUUUUGAAGAACAGGUCUCGUAUCCUCGCUUUCAAGACUGCACCUGAAGCGUCGGCCAGCAAGCUGCCCGAGUUUGACGAGCCCAUUCGGCCGCAGAAGAAGCAGCAGAGGCGAAUCCCUAAAGAACCAGAGAGGGUUUUGGUAAUCCACGGCUUGUUGGAUGAUAAUGUUUUGAAUCUCCUCGACUGGGGAAGCAAUAAUGUGUUGGCGAUUGGCCUUGAGGACGCAGUGUAUCUCUGGGACGCUGCAAACGAGUCGACUAAGCUUCUACAACCCGAAGAAGACAGAGGACCUAUCACUUGCAUCCGCUGGUCGCCAGACUGUGCAGUUCUUGCUGUCGCAUUUGGCAAUUCAGAUUUAUCCCUGAUUGAUCCAACAACAGGACAUGUCGUGGAUGGGAUGGAAGAUGAGAACCAGGCCCCUGUGUUGUCACUUGCAUGGAGAAGUAAUUCAAUCUUGACAGUCGGAAGAUUUGAUGGCACUGUUGUUGAUUAUGACUUUAGAAAGGAUGACAUGUUCAUCUGUUUCUAUAAUGGGCAUCGGUGUGGAGUUUGUAGUCUUAAAUGGUCCGUGUUGUCAGGGCGGUAUUUGGCGAGUGGAGGGCAGGACAAACUAGUGCACAUAUGGGAUGCUUGCAUGCCUGUCUCACGUCACCAUCCACGUCAACGUCAAUGGCUUCACAGGAUUAGCAGCCAUACUUCCAUUGUGAAGGCCGUUGACUGGUGCCCGACUCGGAGCAACCUGCUGGCUUCUGGUGGAGGUUGCAAUGAUCAUUGCGUUAAGUUUUGGAACACCGUUAAUGGUGCUUGCUUGAACUCGAUUGAUGUUGGCUCUGAAGUUUGUGCAUUGCUAUGA